AUGGCGGAUGAGGAACAUGCUCAAACCUCUCGGAAGAGGGUUGCAGAUAAACAAAUCAACAAGGACAAUCCUGAGCUUGAUGAUGACUCACCGGAGCAAGAGGGAGGAACAUUUAAGAAAGCUAGUGAGGAAGUGAUGGCAACCCGAAAAAUUGUAAAGGUUCGGCGCCAGCAGCCGUCGUCAGCUCCUUCUUCCAAUCCUUUCUCUGCAAUUAAGUUUACCACAAGUGAUUCCAGUGUUCAAGCAAGUAUUCCUGUCUCAAAACCUCCACCUUCUGAUGUCACAACGUCAAAUGUAAGGAGCUCAACUGAGAAAGCUGAUGAGGUCAGCAAUGGAAGUGGGAAAGAUGAUGUCAAGACUGCAGAUUCUAAUGAGGUAGCAGAGAUUCAAAAGGAUGAAUCGGGGCUGAAUGAAUCAAAUGCAGAAAACAAGUCAAAUGCGCCAAUGGAAGCACACUCUUCACUUACUGAAACUGAUAAGAAGGCAGGCAGCACAGAGGGUGGAACUGGUGAGGACAAAGUGCUGGUUGGAGAACCCAAGGUAGAUAACAGCAAGACAUCUGGAAUCGAGGGUAAAACAGAAGAUGAAGGGGUUAAAGUGAAUGAAGGUGGAGAUGAAGAUAAAAGCAGCAAGGACGGCGCUGAGAAGAAAGAUGAAUCUGAAUCAGGGACCAAGGAUGAAGUGAAUGAAGGUGGAGAUGAAGAUAAAAGCAGCAAGGACGGCGCUGAGAAGAAAGAUGAAUCUGAAUCAGGGACCAAGGAUGUAUCAUGUGAGCAUAAGAACGCUGAUAAUAAAGGGCAGUCAUCAUCACCGACACCUCUCUUCUCUUUUAUGAAUGUGUCAAGUGGCCAUAAUGCCUUCACGGGACUGGCUGGGACAGGGUUUUCAGCCUCAUCAUUUUCCUUUGGCUCAGCUUCUAAAGAAAGCACAAACGCUCCCCUAUUUGGGCUAAAGAGUGACGGUUUGUCCUUCCCUUCUUUCAAUAUGGGUGGUACGAACAACAACGGGAGUUCUGUUCCAUCGCUUGUCACUGCAGCAGAAGCACCAAAGAAAUUCACCAUGCCAGAGGUCCCAGUGGAGACAGGCGAAGAGAACGAGAUGGCUGUGUUCACCGCAGACUCCGCAAUGUACGAGUACCUCGAUGGGGGCUGGAAAGAAAGAGGAAAAGGGGAGCUAAAGCUGAACGUCCCUGUGUCUGGCGGCGAGAGGUCCCGGCUCGUUAUGAGGGCCAAGGGUAACUACCGGCUGAUCCUGAAUGCGAGCCUGUACGACGACAUGGCGCUGAAGGACAUGGAGAAGAAGGGCGUGACGUUCGCCUGCGUCAACAGCACCGGGGACUCGCCGAGCGGGCUCACCACGUUCGCCCUCAAGUUCAAGGACACUGGCGUCAGGGAUGAUUUCAAAGCCGCGGUGGAGGCGCACAAGGCGAAGAAGGCCUCGGACGCGAUGCCCAAGACGCCCGAGAGCUCCCCCAAGGUGUCUAAUGACUGA